CUCUAUUCCAAUUUCAACAGUUACAAUUAUUGAUACUUGCUACUGCUAACAACUAACCUUAAUUAUUUAUAUUUUUUAAAUAGGUAAAUUUUAUUACUAAAAAAAAAAAUGGCAUUUAUUGAAAGAUUUAAAAUGAAUAAAUUUAUUAAACUACAUUCUUCUAUCGAUAUUAUCAUAAAUAAUGUUUCUAGUAAUAAAUUUCAUGUAUCUAUAGUGCAACAAUUAGAUCAGAAAUGGCGUAAAAAAAAUAGAUUAACAGUGAACCCGAAUGCUUUUGGACCUCUAACAAAUUGUCCAGAUUAUUCAUAUGCAGAUGGAAGACCAUCUCCAUUUGGAGUAAGACAAUUGGGACGAAUUAAUAAGCAAAGAAAUUUUUUUGCAAGAAUAGAAAAGUUAUCUGGUGAAAUUGAUUAUGCUGUUGAAAGAUAUAAUCGAAUACAAAAUGAGAUUGCAGAAAAAAGAAAAAAUAUAAUUGAUAAUAAAUUAAAGCCAAAAGGAAAAGAAUCUUUACUAGAUAAAACGUAUACAAAUGUUUAAUAUUUUUUUUUAUUCAUGUUUUAAUUAAUAGUAAGUAAAAAUAAAAAAAAAAUAGUUUCAAGUA